AUGUACAGGACCUUAGGUUUGUGUUUGUUCUUGUGUUUAGCACUUUUAGUCACUGAGGGAAAACGAGUAAAGAGAAGAGGAGAGAGACAGUGGAGCUCCAGACAUUUUUUAUCUGCUGUUUCUGAUGCAUCCGAGUAUGGCAACCCUUUCCUUCCAGGGCUCAGCAGAGAGUGCUUGGUGAAUGGAAUCUCUCUGUUUGAAGGGGCUGUCUGGUCUCCGGAGCCCUGCAGUGCAUGCCAGUGUAAAGACGGAGCAGUGAUCUGCAGAACCAUCCCCUGUCAAGCCAGAGCUUCACACACCCAGAAGGUUGUGGCCAGUGAGUCCAACCCCAUGUAUGUGGAGAAAAAGAGCCAUCACAGACUGAAAGGAAAUGGCAAACCACCUGUGGGGAAAGAGGUUCUGGAGGUGAAGCCCAAGAGGAACAAAAUGGCGGUCACCCCAGCGAAAAAACCAUCCCUAAAUGUCCCUAAGAAACAGGUGACCCCUCUGAAAAAAAACCAGGAGGUGGUCCUUAGGCCUGACACUGGAAAAUUCACCAAGACCCUUGCAGUGCCCACAGGACUAAAGUUUAUGAGACGAGACCAUUUUGAUAUCUAUGACUAUGAUGAUGAUGACUAUCUAGAGGAUGACAGUGACAGCGAUGAUGAUGACGAUGAUAACAGCAACAUGUCCGUUUUCAGAUCUGCUGUUCGCCCUGUAACAAUCGAAAGACGCUUUAUGUCGCCCACACACAAAUCAAUCCUACCAAGAAUCGAACAGCCCUAUGCUCAUCCCACCAGAAGAUCUGUUAUCCUGCCCACUGGAAGGCCACUGCCAGCCCCCAGUGGGCGACCUAUGGAUCGAGGUAUUGGCCGUCCAGGCAUCCGUACCUCUGUUCAUAUAGAGUCUCUUCCAGCAGGCUGCCUGCUUUCAGAGUCUAUGAUUGCUUGUGGAAACACUGGCAUUACCCAAAUGCCCAUCAUCAGAGAUCCUGGGGUCAGAAGUUUGUUUCUAGCAGGCAACAAAAUCAGCAAGAUCCCAGCACACGCUCUUGCAGGUCUUCCCAACCUCGAGUGGCUUGACCUCAGCAAGAACAAACUGGAUGACUUCUCUCUGGGACUGAAUGUGUUUCGGAACUUGACGAAGCUCCGGAGGUUGAACCUUGAUGAAAACAAAUUCACUAAAGUGCCGGCUCUCCCUCCCUCCCUGGUGGAGCUGAAGAUCAAUGAUAAUAAGCUCAGCGGUCUCACACCUCACAACUUUAAGGGUUUGUCAAAGCUGCUGACACUGGAGUUAGAGGACAAUAAUUUCCAUGAUGGAAAUGUCUCUCCUUUGGCUUUCAGGCCUAUGAAGAGGCUGAUUUACCUCAGACUUGAUGACAAUAAGUUCAGGGCCAUUCCCUCAGGUCUGCCUGUUUCAGUACAGGAGCUGCACCUAUCAGACAACAAGAUAGAGGUUGUGCAUUCAGGGCUUCUCAACAAGACCACAAACCUGAGAGUCCUGAACCUCAGCCAUAAUCGAAUCAGAGAGGACCGCAUUGAUCCAAGAGCAUGGAUACACUUACUAAAAUUGGAGUAUUUGGACCUUUCCCACAAUAAGCUGGUUCACGUACCCUCUUUCUUGCCGGUUGGCCUGCGGCAACUCAAAUUGCAUCACAACCAGAUUGAGCGCAUUCCUGGCUAUGUGUUUGGCCACUUGCGGCCUGGCAUGGACUCCCUACACCUGUCUUACAACCGGCUGCGUGAAGACGGGAUAAAUGAGGUGUCCUUCAUGGGCCUGUACAACUCACUGACCGAACUUCUGUUGGACCAUAACCAGCUCAGAUCCAUUCCACAAGGCAUUUUACAGUUAAAGGCUCUGCAGCAUCUGAGACUCAACCACAAUUUCAUCAGCUUUGUCACUAUGAACUCACUGUGUGACACUACUGCCCGUGAUGACUCUCCACUGGAGUCUGUUCACCUGGAGCACAACCUGAUCGACCGCCACCUCAUUCCACCCACUGCCUUCUCCUGCAUCAAGACCUACCACAGUGUUAUUCUGCGGCCCCAGAGAUACGAAGAGCACAAUGAGUGAGAUCCUCAUUAAGCUCCAUGUGGCCCAUGUUUAUAUAACAUCUCACAGCAAGAGUACUGAGCUUGGAUUAUGUUUUGCCUUAUUUUAGUAGUCAUAAUGCAGAGCUUUAUGUAAAAUGAUGUGAAAAUACAAAUGCAGGACCUAUUUUAUAUUAGAGGCCUUUAUUUUGUUCUCUUGUGUUAAUUGUUUUACGGAUGUCCUCAGACAGUGUUUUCUAUGUCUCAGUUGUCUCCAUGGGGGACACACAAGCACAUGGUUGUGAUUUAUGCCUUAAGUGUGCUGUAAGUCUUUUUUUUUUAUAUAACAUGCAUAACAUUUCUCUUCUUGCUGAGAGGGAUCAUUGUGUCCAGAGACGUCACACCAGUCUCUGAGAGCCUUAAGGGGGUCACACACCAGACGUGUCUGGCAGACAACAUUGCACGUUCUAAAAUUCUAAACAAUAAUUUUUUUAUGAAGGCACACACACUGUCAGCGGCGCACAGCUAUGACUCCAGAGACUGCUGCUCAAAAUUGUGCAGCGUCACAUAGUUUUCCAUUAAAUUCGACCCAAAUCAUUAUCAAAGGACAUAGAUUGUUUACUCUAGCAAUGACUGGAUGAUAAAUUGUGUAUUUGUAUCUUUCAUAUUGCCUACACAAUGUAUUUUCAGUUACAAGUAUGUCUUUUUGUGGUUUGACAGCUUGAAUGAAACCUAUUUAAGGCUAUGUAUAGAGAAAUUGCAUAAUAGAUUUCAAAUUGUUCAGUUUGCACAGUUAAACCAGUUUCAUACACUAGCCUUCAAACUCAUCAAUGCCACUUUGUUCAUUCCUAAAAAAGUACAAAAAUCUUUUUAAGUUUUGUGUGUAGGGUGACUAGGUUUACAACUUUGGACAGGCACCUGCACCGCAUUGACGCAUCCUGUGUGAGAUACCUGUGUCUUGUCCUACCCGAGGCGUGACGUGGUGCUUCUCAUCUGGUGUGCGACUGGCUUUAGGCUCUUUGAAAAGCAAACAAGAGUUGAACUUUUUUGUCAUUCAGAAAAUGCUCUCUGCCUUUCUGCCUUUUUUUCUGUUUUUUGUUUUAAUUUCAUGUCUUUUAGGAUCUUUAUGUAGCCUACUGUAUGUUGUUUUGGUUUGUUUUACUCCUUCCAAUUCAUCUGACAUUUUUCACUCUUUUAUAAAUCAAACUUUCAUGGGUAAGAAUGUCUGUUCUGUUCCUUCAAAGUAUAUGCAAUAGUUCUCUUUAUACAGUAUAUCAGUAUUAUCCUUUUUUAUUUGAAUUUUUACCAUUUUUUUAUUAAACUGCAAUAUGUUACAUACUGUUCUUGUAAUACUGUCCUUGAAAGAACACAGCUUAUUACAACACCUCUCACUUUCAUUAUAUGCUGUUGUGUUUCAGGAUUCUGGUCAUGUCAUUUGUUUUUAACACAAUUUUGUGCUGUAGUUUUUGAAUUUUUGUCUUCAUUUUUGAUACUGUGUGUUGUCUGUGCUGUAUUCUCACUGUCACAAACUACAAUAAAGUUGA